UACAAUGUACCGUGUACCUUCAGCAACCAUUGUUUGGACUCAAUGGUUUAGCAUUAAUCUUGGUAGAGUCAUCACGAUCGAUGAAAACAUCGCAAGUCUUUUGAUAUUUGCAAGUAUUAAGAGUUCACCGUUAAGCAUUAUGAGGGGUGCAUUGUAUGAAGAGAUCGCCAUGUCUCCAGUUAGUAUCUUGUUGUGUAUGAGCUUUUUUGGAUGUACUUUCGGUCUCUCUAUUGAAGAAGCUGCACUGUUUCAGAACGAUGGUACAGUCGGGCAAUAUCACGGACUCUCAGGAUUCGUCAAUAUCACUGACAACGGGGACACUUGGACACUAAUCAGUAAUGGCGUACCUGAUCAUGAUACAGGUGACUUCCCGAUUGCCGGUUCAAACCCUAAUGAGAUAUCCACUCAGACCCAUGAAUAUGAAAUUCCUAAAAAUCCAAAUAUUGCUUCUGAGGCCACAUGUCUGUCUAGGGGCGUGAUAGGAAUUGCAAAAAAUGGUGUCGCAAUUUUCAACCCAUUUACGAUACAAGGAUGUAAUGCGGUUGAGGGAAGUGGCGCGGAGGAAUUCGAUGAAUGUAAUGCCCACCCCGCUCCAAAUGGUGCGUACCAUUACCACAUGGUUCCGAACUGUAUAGUAGACGGCACGAACGAUCAGUUUAUCGGUGUUGCCCUUGACGGAUUUCCCAUCUAUGGACCACUGAACUCAGCCGGUCAAAACAUAACAUCUGCCGAUUUGGACGAAUGCCACGGAGAAACUGUGAACGGAGCCUAUCGCUACAGAGUGACCCACGAUUAUCCAUACUAUCUCGGUUGUUACAAGGGUGGGUAUGUUUCCAGUAUGGGUGGCCCUGCAAUGAUGCGCAAGAAGCGCCAGACCCCUCCACCAACGUGCUCAUUUGCAAACCAAGCCACAUUGGAGACUAGCCCGUGUUAUACUUCGGACGGAAACAAGGCACCUUUCAUUUUCCAAACUGGACUCAUCGCUACAGGUUUCCUCAUUAGCUUUUUCAAUAUCCAUUAA